AUGGCCAGUAGACAAUCAUCUUCACCGUACUCCCCUUCUAGGCCUAACGAUACAAGGAAUUAUGAUCAGAAUAUGAAUAUGAGAAGUACGAACCACAGCCAACAGCCUUAUCGUCAGAUCAAUCCCACUGACUUCGUCGUCACCAAUAUGUUUUCGGACGACGCUCGAACGACUCCAAUGAAGGUUGCUUUCUGUAGGUAUAAUCCACUUCAUGUAGUUUCCGUUGACAUCAAGAACCAACAUGAAUCAGAAAACUGCCCGGAUAGGACAUGGCGUCCAGGAAAUUCGAUAAUCACGUUCAACGAUAUUGAAAAGAUAUAA